GCGGGUGGCGGGCGAGCGAAGGCCACGCAAGGCGUUGCGUAAGGCCCUGGGAGAGGGCGCUCGCGCGCUCAGGCCCAGGCGCAACGGCAGGCGCAGGCGCACACACCAUGCGGCGGCCCUCGGUGCUCUGGCAGCUGGCGCUGACGGCUUUGGUGCCGAUGGUGGCGCUGGUGCCGUGCGCGCGGGCGGCCCGCUUCCUCGCCAUCUUCCCCACGCCCUCCAUCAGCCACCAGCUGCCCUUCCAGGAACCUGUCAACAAUUAUUCAGAUAUUGACUUGUCCUUUAGUUAUGAGACCUUCCGAAAGAGCGCGACAUUCGCUGAAAUGGCAGACGGCGACGCAAUUGCCUUGAUAAGGCAUAUGACGCCCACUUUAAAAAUCAUCGUUGAUGAGCAGCUGGCCUCCAAACAAAUUCAAAACUUUCUCAGGUAUAACGCAUCUGAGAAGUUUGACUUAGUGUUCAUAGAAGCUCUUAUGUACCAAGCGUACUAUGGCCUCCUACACACCGUGGGUUCACCUCCCCUCAUUGGCAUGGUGUCCCUGGGAGGCCUUGCCUUCAACUACAACGCAAUUGGCAACCCCCACAAUCCGGCAGUAAAUCCAGACAUAUUCAGCAAGAAUUCCGAGAAUAUGAAUUUCUGGGAGCGCCUGGAAAAUACCUAUAUCUAUUUGUGGCUGUCGCAGCAUUGGUAUUGGACAAUACUCCCGCAGCAGGAAGCUUUGAUGCGGAAAUACUUCGGGCAGGCGCCGCCGCCGGUGGCAGAAACAGAGUACAACAUGAGCCUGAUGAUUCUGUGCAACCACUGGACGACGGAGUACCCGCGGGCUCUGCUGCCCAACGUGGUGCAACUGACAGGGCUGCACGUGCGGGAAGAGACACGCCCCUUCCCGCCAGAACUGCGGCGUGGCUGGACGGCGCGGAGCAAGGAGUCGUCUACUUCAGCCUGGGCUCCAACGUCAUGAGCAAGGACCUGCCGCCCGAGAAGCUCCAGGCCAUCCUGCGCGCCCUGGCGCGCCUGCCGCAGCGCUGCUCUGGAAGUUCGAGGCCACGCGCUCCCGGCAGCCGCCCAACGUGCGCGUCGCCAAGUGCUCCCGCAGCAGGACAUCCUCGCGCACCGACGUGCGCUGGUUCAUCACGCAAGGCGGCCUGCAGAGCUUCCAGAGGCCUGUACCACGCCGUGCCCCUGCUGGGCAUCCCGUUCAUCGGCGACAGCCCUUCAACGUGGCUAAGAUGGCGGCGGCGGCGUGGGCGAGCGCCUGCCGCUGGGCGACCUCACGGAAGACUCGCU